GCACUAGCGUCCUUCCAGAGCAUAAGAUGUCUUGGACAUCAAUGUGUCUUAGGACCGAGUCAGCUAAGAAGGUCCUCACAUCAUCUUCACCAACGAGGUAGGUUGCCCCAAGCAUUUUUUCAGCUGCCAUUCAAGCUUUUUGUAUCCCGUUUGAUUGGCAGUUCAAUGAAGAAAAGAGUACACUACUUGCUUACAUCCAAGUCACCGGAUAAUUAGUUCUAGACUUCAACCCUACCCCGCCAUUAUUAUUAGCAGCAAGUCGUGAUAGAAAAAGGGCCGUGCACCACUUUUUUUUGGCCCCCGCAUGCUUGAUCUUCCAGCUGAAAUACAUGUAAUCCAUACAUUAACAUCUGCAAGGCUGCUCUCCGCACUCUUUUUCUCUUUUCUUCGUUUUCGCUGACAAUUCUGAUUGUUCGGCUUUGCUAAUUUUGUGAGAGCAACAUGUCCGGUAACAGCGGGUUCUUCAAAGCUCAACUGAGUGGCAUCUCUGCAAAGACUGUGUCGCUGGGAGCGAAGCAGUUCUUUCGAAGUCGGAAUGAGCAAAAGAUCAAGUUCCAAGAGGAAUUCCGCUACACUCCUCUAAGUGGUCCCAGAUCUAUCAGAUUGGUGCGGAUCCACCAUGGCGCCGAUACAGACGUCGUUGCCUGCGACGUGUUUGAAGAAAACCUAGACAAUCGGCCAGCAUUUGAAGCCCUCUCCUACACGUGGGAUCUGGACCCAGAUUGGAGCUGGACUAAACUGGAAGUUGUGGACGACAAGAAAAAGGAGGAAAGACCGAUCCUGUGCAAUGGGAAAACGUGCCACAUCACCAUGAACUUGUAUCACGCGUUGACCGAGCUCCGGCGGAGAAAGUGGACGGUUCCGAUCUGGGCCGAUCAGAUAUGUAUUAACCAGAAUGAUCGGGAAGAGAAAAUCGCGCAGAUUGCCAUCAUGGUGGAUAUCUACCGCUCGGCGGCUUGCGUUGAUAUAUGGCUAGGGAAGUUGACGGCGACGACGAGUGGAGCCAUUGAUUUCAUGGAAAGUCUGCCCGAGGAGAAUCCGCAACCCCUCCAGCGUACGGAGACCGCGAAGACGGCGGGUAGUAUGGCCGCUCUCACACGCGCUUUUGAUGGGGCUUCGUUGGUGGCAGGGUCGUUUGGUGAUCACUAUCACUGGCUGCAUGUCGUACGGGUGCUCGGACGGCAGUGGUUCGCUAGGGCGUGGACGUUGCAGGAAUUCCUUGUUGCUUCGAAUUUUCGAUUCAUGAUUGGAAACCGGGAUAUUGCUCCUGAAGUCUACGUUAGAUCGGCUGCGAGAGUGACUCAGUUCUACAUGAUGGAUCCACUCGCGACGCAAGCCGGAUUAAGUACUACGUUCAUGAUGGUGCGGAAACGUAUGGAUGCACGCAUAACACUUUUCAAGGAACGAGAGAAAUUUCACAACGGCAAGCGCUAUUCGGCUGAAGAGUAUCUUGGUGUUAUUAGGGCCAGGAAGGUUACGGAGCUCAAGGACAAAGUGAUUGCAGGAUCAGCGCUCCUGGACGAUACGGUCGCAUGUAAAGUGGAUUACAAGGCCACAACCCAAGAGUUGUAUACCUCCUAUGCUAUGGAGGCGUUAUGGCCUGAAGUGGGGCUGUUCGCCUUAUCUCUAGUCGGCGGCACUGUCCGCAGCGUCGAAGGGCUUCCAACAUGGGCACCAGAUCUCGGCAUGGAUCUGCGACCAGAGCCAUUGAAAUACUGCGGCAGUCCGACAUUUCCCACCAAACCAGCGAGCAAAGAUCCAGCAUACACUAUCCAAGGCAGGUCUCUACACAUAUCUAUCCGGACCUUUGAUGUUGUAAAAGAAGUCGGAGAGUCCAUCUGGAGCUGGACCAAAUCUGCGGACGAGCCGUACAACGAUAGUAAACUGUUCAAAAUGCGAACAUCGGGUACCGCUCAGUCAGAACGCUUCGGCACCAUGUUCGCGCUACUCAACCAACUAGGCGUCACAUACGCGCCAACCGGCGAACGCACUGUAGACGCCUUCUGGCAGACACUGAUUGGAGGAAUCAACCUCAAAGACGAGACAGAUAUCUCGAUCUGGAGGGAUCGAUUCCGCCAAUUCUUCGCUUUCACGCUGAUCUCAAUCCGCUCCAGCUUCAACGAGCAGAAGAAGGCUAUGGCUAACAAGCUGAUCCCAACAUCCUACAAAAACAAAUGGUUGGUCCCGCUCAUAGCAGAUUGGCCGAAUCUCGAACAACGCGUAGCUUCCUUUCUGGAUUUCCACGACGAAAAGCUUGAUGACGGAGACGAUUCGAAUGUCACGCUCCGAAGGGAGAUUUCUCGCAUGGCGAAACAUCUGCUGGGCACAGAGUCGAUUGACGACGUGGCUAGUUGGCAAACCGACCUCAAAGAAGUCCUUUCCGCCGUGCGAGGCCAAGAAUUUUAUGGGCCCAUUAGUAUCUUCGGGCAGCAUUUCGAGGUUGCGUAUGAAGGCAAACGAAUCUUCACUACUGAGAAAGGAUACCUGGGAACAGGUACUGAGGAAACGAGACCAGGCGACUGCAUUGUGCUCAUUGAUGGCACAGAUGUGCCGUUUAUUCUUCGACCUACGGGUACUCAGGGGACCUAUACGCUGGUGGGAGAAGCCUACAUCCACGGGAUCAUGGAGAAAGGAGGUGACUCACUAGUGGAAGGGGCAUUCGAACCAGCCAUUUUAGUAUGAUUGAUCUUGCUUUGUACACAGCGAUUUGAUAUAACGACUUCUUUCUGUUCUCUGCAUAGAGUUUUAUCACUUUAUUUCUGCCUUCCGUUUUGACAACCCUUGACUCAGUGGACUCAAUCAGCGAGACAGCUAAUCAGCAGCCUGUGGAUACAAACAUUCAUUCAUUCCCGAUGUAUACAAUGAGGGCCGAGAUUAUCUGGACGAUUAGUUAUCAGCUUUUUCGCUCUCCAUCAAUUCCUCCUUUGAACAGAGAAUGCAUGAUGUGCUGGAGUCACUUAUCCUGGUACGGAUGCACCGGAAGUCAGCCAGCAAUCAACUGGCUAUUCGCGCGAGAAGUCCUGUCC